AGUUUUUGUUUCUUUUACAGGUCAUAAAUUAUCUGAGACACACACAUACACUCAAUAAACUAAGUUAAACAAUAAUAAUAACAAAAAAAAGAAGAUAAAUAGCGCAAAAUGAAAGUACGUUUAGCGCAUAUCUCUUUCUAUAUUUUUAUUGGAACUCUUUUGCUGACCAUUGGCUGUGGUGAUUCAUUCACAUGCCCAGAAUUUUGUUCCUGCUCUGAAGUGCAACGCAAACGUUAUAAUCAUGCCAAAUGUACAUCGUUGGAUGGCUUGCGGCAGUUGGGUAAAACAUCGGAAUUACAUUCAUUGGAUUUGUCAUCGAUGAAUUUAACAAAAAUAAAUAACCAAUUGGAUAAAUUGACAAACCUCUCGAAAUUGGAUUUGAGCGAUAAUCAUUUAUCAGAUUUAAGUAAUUUACAUCAGCGUCGCAUUCGGUUUUUAAAUAUGAGCGGAAACCGAAUAACAUCUGGUAAAUUAGCGAAAAUUCCAACAACAGUAAAACAUUUGAAUUUAUCACACAAUGAUAUCACCAUUUUACCCGAAAACUUUAAACUGUUCAUUCAUUUGAAGUCAUUAGAGUUGUCUGAUAAUCCACUAAAUUGUACAUGUGAAACAUUAGAUGUACGAAAUUGGUUGCAGGUGCGUAAGGUGUGGACCGAGAAACCGAUUCGAUGUAUGGCACCGCUACAAUUUAAAGGACGAUCAUGGCUGCAAAUUCGUCAAGCAGAAGUUUGCGAACCAAAUGGUUUAGAUGCACCACGAAUGUUACCAUUUUCUGGUGUCAUCGACGAUGAGAAUGAAUUGAUGAUGGACGAUCAUGUAACCGCUGGUGAAAGUGAUGCAAUUGAAGCUGAUUUUAUACCGGUAAACUAUUUACGAAACAAACGAAAUGAUGCUGCACCAAAUCCUGAAAAGGACGAUCAUUUGGAUGAAAACUAUGAAGGAUCUGGUAUGGUCGAAUCGUAUGAAGGUUCAGGCGAUGAAAAUUCUGCAACUGAAACAGGGCCGAAGAAUGAUGAUGAUGAUUUUAAUAAUGAUAGGACAUUCAACAAAGAAUCAGAAAAAUUGACCACAAAAAAUUCCAGUGGGGAAACAAACAACAAUGAAAGCGACGAAACAGAUGAUGCGGUAACCAAAAAUCUCGUCGUACCAAACGAAAGCUCCAUCAAUGAUGCAGAAAUUAUUGCAUCAAAUGUUCAUGGAGACAAAGAAACUAAACAAGAAUCAACAAAGCUACAAGAACCAGUUCAAGAGAGCAAAAGCACAUACAUUCUAUUGGCAAUUUUGGGUAUUUUAUUAGUUGUACUCAUCUUAUAUGUAGCAACGAAACGAAGUAAAGCAUCUAUUAAGAAUCGCCGAAAUAACAAUGUAAGUGACUGACAAUGGGAUAUUACUUCCUUACUUCUUCAUUUUAAAUGAACACAUCUUACACAGUAUACACCUAUACUUCAGGUCGAGUUAGAAACGACAACAUAGUCAUGUAUGAUGCUGAGGUUCACUUUAAGUCAAGCACAUGCGAAAGCUAUUUACAUGUAAAGCAAAAGAACCAUGAAAAGAACGCAUAAAGACGAUAUUUAAAUGCUAUCUGUAAAUUUACAAAAAAAAUAUAAAAGCAAUGGCAAUCUAAUGGAAGAAAGGGUUAAAUUCCAAAAAUUUCAAAAAUAUAAAGGGAAUUUGAUCUUUCAAAAAUAAGAACUAAAAAGGGUCCUAACUUUUUCGUCUCCAUAGCAAAUUGAAAGAUAUUCCCAAACUCCAUUCUAACAUCUGUUGCAUAAACAUUGGCACAAAUUGAUACAUUUAUUACAACGAAAUAACAAAAAUAAAAAUGUCAACCAAUGCACGUCGAGAGUCUCGAGACUCGUUGAACCAUCUAUCGUGUUUUAAAGGAUUGUCGUGAAGGUAAAGAACCGAAAAAUAAAAAAAAUCCCUGGUCGUCCACCCAAACUAAGUGCCCGGACAACGAAACGUCUGCUGUCAAGUGCUAAAAACAAGGUUGGUCAAUCAACACGGCGACUGUCGCAAAAAUUUGGUAUUGAUAAUUCCAAAGUGCAUCGCAUUUUGAAGAAAAACAACGUAUUUUAUCGUAAACGUAAGCGGGCACCGAAAUAUACACCAAGACAACUCGAAAUAAUACCAAAAUGUUGCCGUGCACUGCGUCGUAAACACUUUGCUAACGGGAAAUUCAUGAUUUUGGACGUUGAAUCAUACUUCACUUUUUCGCACCAUGAAUUGAGUGGUAAUGAUAGCUAUUACACUGACAACAUUGAAGCAACACCAGACGAUGUUAAAUUUGCUGGUAAGUCAAAAUUUGUAGCGAAAAUACCAUUUGUACCGAAAAAAGACAACGCACCAAACAUUACACAGGCAAUCGAAGAUUUCUCGUCAGUUCUCAAACGUAAAGUGUACGAGAAGGGCUGGGAAGCUCAAAACGAGCAACAAUUGAUAGGACGAAUCAAGCGAAAGUUGAAGGAAGUCGACAUAUUGGUCGUCCAGAGCAUGAUUUUGAAGGUUCGACACGUACUGAGACAAAUCGAAGACAAUGGCUCAUUAAGUGUAAAGUGAAUGUGCUAUUCGAUAGCCUAUGAAUAAAAGUUUAUACCAAUAAAAAAGAAUUUAAUAUUGUGUAUUUUUUUUCAAAUGGCGGAAGUCUCAUUUUGUGCCAAUGUUUAUGCAACAGAUGUUAUUAGGGGGCUUUUGAUUCCAAUUUGGCUCAAAAAUCCCCAUCAAAUCGAAAGAGUUUUUCUAUCGUCAAAAGCCAUAGCAAUUUUAAAGAAUUCACACUCUAAAAUUUUCCACAAUUUGUAAAGGAGUCAUUUCAAAGCUGUUCUUCAGGGAGGACCCAUUCAGUGUUGUUUUUUUCUAAAAGAUUUUGUAUA